UGAGUCGAAACGGUGGGAUAUUGACGGAACUGUUUUACGAGAUUUUGUUUCCGCCAGGUGGGACUUUUUUGCUACAAGGCUAAACGAAGCUUUGGAGUUAGCAAGCUACAGGCUAGUGUAGAAGUGUUAAUUACCAUAGUUACUAUGAAAUAAGCUAUAGUAAUGGAACCCAACUGCCACAUUAUGAGCCACAUAGUAAACUGAACAAGCGGUAAUCGACUAUCAUCAUUAUUUGCCUGCAUCCACGAACCAUGGAUACGUGUCAUUCAGCCUAACUUCCUCAACAUAAUAACGUGGACUGUAACCAAUCCGAGCACUUUGUGACGAACUUCCUGCUAAUAUUUCGUCCUUAUAUAAUUGUGGUUGGAUAUCAACAAUAAACAGAGUGUGGUGUGAAAAGUGUACAGCAGUGUAGCAAUUUCAAGCAAUGGAAGACUAUAAACAAUCUACUGGUCAUUGUUCGUCACGUAUCGCUUUCGCAUAGGUUCGAAGAGGAAGCUGAGGAUUGGCAGGACAUCCAAACAGUCAUGCACAGAUUCAGUACGGCUUUCCAUAAAGUAUUUUUAAAAUGUUAGGAUGCAAAUACACAAAAGGACAACUUUCAUAGAGCAAUGAAAAAGCACAAUCUAUGCAUUUCCUAAAUCCAGCUAAAGAGAACGCUGUCAAUGCUAAUUUUUAUUACUUGAAGAGACGGAUCUCUUCCGGUUUCGCAGAAGACAACGAUUCAGCCACCUACGAUUCAAAGGAACAUAUAUGGGAUCAAGAGACAGGAAAAUUGACGCCGAGCCUUGGGGUUCUUCUCGGGCAGCUACAGCAAAAGGCCAGAGCAUCAGGAAAAAAAGUAACGGGCAGAAGGACAUUUAAACGUACAUGUGUGUAGGCAGAACGUACAUUUCAUAUCGUGCUAUUUCCAUGCGAAUGACAAGCUGAAGAGUUCACGGGUAAUCUUAAAAUGCCUGGGAUAACUGUUUCAGGUAACUGAAGCCAUGUUUGUUGUCCCAACAGGUCAAUAAGAUUUUUAAAACUAAAUGUAUAUAUUGCAAUUAAUAUAGCCAGAUUAUUGUUAUAUAACUCAAUUCAGCUUUACAUAGUUUAUAUAAGAGUUAUAGAAAUACAUAAUUUUAAUCUUAUUUUUAUUAGUCACUAAAUAAAUAGUUGUUACAUUUUGGACUGUACUUUAAUGGGUGUUGAAUUUUCCAGUGUUGUGUAAUCUUUCCUAUUCUGUGUGCCUGUGAUCAUGCAGUUUCAUCAGCUGCAAUGAGUGUGCUUGCGGGACAGGACAACGAUGUGGUACUGGUGUCACAGGUGGUGUGGGACUAUUUGGACAAUGCUAGACAGUCCUGGCUGCUGGAUUUUCAGAACAGGCACGGGCUGUACGUGGAGGUAGUGCGGCACGGAGAAUCCGGCGACUGCUGCGCAGUCAGGCUUCGACCGGUGGAGAACAGUGCUGCCGGGGCAGACAUCCAUCCCGCCGCUCGCAGAGCUUUCAUAGAUCUGUGCCGCUGUGCUCGCAAGGAGAUGAGCAGACAGAAUGGAGCAGCCAAGAAGAGGUGCUCUCUGCUUCCCUGUGUCAGAUCCUCGGAGGCCGACGGUGAGGGAAGCCUGUUGGCCCCACCGCCUCCUCAACUUCGCCACAUCCAGAAGCAGCAUCUUAAAGAUAAGAAACCCAUCGAUCUGGAUACCACCAUUUCGGUGCCCAUGUACCACAAUACGUCAGCUGGCAGGGAGGCCGAAUUUGGUACCUCUCUGGGUGGAGACAGUGGGACUACCUGUACCAUAUGCAUGGGUGAGAUUGUGGAAAGAACAACACUGGACAAGUGUGGACACUCCUUCUGUCGGACCUGCCUGGAUCAGGCAUUCCAGGUGAAGCGAGCGUGUCCCGUGUGCCGCAUGGUGUACGGCCAGUUAAUCGGGAACCAGCCUGCCAAUGGCAGCAUGAUGGUGGAGAGGGACCCAGACCUCGAGCUGCCGGGACAUGAGGGCUACGGCUGUGUCUGUAUAAUCUACAGCUUCCCGCCUGGCUUGCAGGCUCAAGAGCACCCAAACCCUGGGGUGAGGUAUCCAGGAACAGACCGUGUGGCCUACCUCCCGGACAGCCCAGAAGGAAACAGAGUUCUAGGUCUGCUGCGUCGGGCCUUCGAGCAGAGACUCAUCUUUACCAUUGGUACCUCCAUGACCACAGGCAUGCAGAAUGUCAUCACCUGGAACGACAUCCACCACAAAACCUCCAUUUGGGGAGGGCCACGAUGUUUCGGCUAUCCAGAUCCAACAUAUCUAGUUCGGGUCACAGAGGAACUCCGAGAGAAAGGUAUCACGGCUGACUGACUCCCAGGAUGGCAAUGGAUGCUCCAACCCUCAUCCUGCUGCUGCUAUUACUGUUAACAGGGCAGAUGGUCCCCCGGCCCUCAUCCUGGCCCACCAACAGCACUUAUCCUUGUGGGAAUGCAGGUCUGAUCUGCACCACUUUGCUAUUCUCCCAGGUCUAUUUUUUUUUUUAUUAUUUUCUUUUACAACAGGAUUUGCUCCAUCCCAGUCCUGCUGGUCAGUGAAGACAUGCAAGGAUGUCUUUCUUACCUCUCCACUUUUUAGCACCGAGAUAUAUCGAAAAAGAUAAUAUAGUCCAAAAUAUAGGCACUAAAAUUUUGUAAUAUGAUGCAUGUCUGUUUUUAUUAACCUCUUGUUUUUUUUUUUUUAUUUGUGGUGAUGUUAAUAAUUGUUUGUUAGUAGUCAAAGAGAAAACAAGUGUUUGAAUGGGACUACCUUUAUUCCAUAAUGAUUUUCAGUAAUAUGCUUAACGUGCACAUGUAGGCGUAGUAGUGCAGCAGCACAGCUCUCACUGGAGCAGGGCUACAGCUGUAGCUCUCUGUUUGUGUGUGGCAAAGAGAUAUUCAGACAGCAUUUGGAGUAAUAAAAAAAAAAAGUAAUUGGGACCUCUCUCUAUCAAGCCUCAGUCUUUUAAGUCUACUUACUGUAAGUGCUACUGAAAGGCAACUCUUCCAGUGACAAUUGGAUUCCAUUUGUGAGGCAGAAGUCAGGGAAGCCCUGAAAUUGUAAAGAUAUUUGUUCUCUUGGGUGGAUGUGGGUUGAAUUCUUUGAAUUGAUUCGUGUAACGUUUUGUCUACUACAGUUAUUAUAAAUAACAAUGUUUAUACUGCAUAAGAAGAUUUGUUGGUAAAGUAAAAGAACCAGUUGAAUCAUUGUCUUUCAAAAAUUUUCUCACACAUUGAAAUGUAGUCCUUACUUAUAUUUUAGACAUGUAAAAUACUUGGAGGAUAAUUCAGGCCUUCUUUAUUCAUUUUUGUUCCACUUUGUUGUUGUGUCUUUUGUCAAAAAUCAUCUGAACAGGUUAGCACCAAGAAGCCGGACAAGUCUCUUUGAUUUUGCUUGGUCACUGAGCAACAUAAGUAUUGUAUGUGUAUCAUGUCUUAAAGUGAAGUAUAUUUUAUCAGGGCACUGGACAUUUAAGUACGUUCAUCUUUGUGUAGUUUGAAAUUUGGUAGGAUUAUUUUGAAAGUGAAAACUUACCUUUCUGUAGUAAGUGAAUAAGCUUUGUGUAAGAAUUUUUUUCCCACUCCAAGAAAUUGAGGACUGUGGGAGAGUUCCCAUUCUGCUUAAACUGCGUUUCUUUAGUCUAUAAUUACUAAGUAAAUGGAAAGAAAUUCUAGAAAGUUUUCAAGUUGUAUGCAUAUAUACACACAUAUAUGUGUGUGUGUAUAUAUAAAUAAUGUUUGUUUUCCACAUUUUUUGCUUUUUGAGUUGGGGACCUUUCAAUGUAUAUCGGCGCCAAGGUUCACGCAGUAUUCAGCAUGAAUGUUUCUAUGCAGCACUAAAAGGGGGAGAGAAAAUCCUUAAAUGGAAAUUUUGAAAAUUUGCACAUGAUUCUGAAAAUAUCAUUUUGCUUUUCUAGUUCUGUUGAUUUAUAUUUUGACAAAUUUAAUUAAGAAUUCUUUGCUUUACAUUUUCAUACUUGAAUAAAUGGUUCAAUAGAAAA